UCCGUUGCAGCCUUAUCAGUGAAGACAGAAGCAAGAUGCUCAAUCAAAUCCUACCCAAACUAGCGACAACACAGUUGGUCUUCCCGGACACACAGCACGAGUACUACUAGGUCUUGAUUUUACAAAUCUAAUUAGCAAACUAUUUAGAUUCGAUCGGGAGAAGCAGAUCAAACCAUUGUAGCAACAGACCAAACAUCUCACUUAAUUUCUUCGAACAACAUAAGAACGGAAGCCAAUCACACAGCAUGGAGAACUUUUCUGCAGACGGCAAUAUCUUAUCAUCGUUCGUAUCAGACGGGCUUCCCUCAGAUUUUUUUGUCGACGAAUCGGCAAUUGGUAAGUGCGGGUAUUUAAUUUUCCUACUUUACAUUGAUCCCUUUCACACUUUAUUUCACCAGGUGUAAUAGCUGUUUGUGACACUAACAAAUUAUAUUUUAUUCACGAUCAAUUUAGGGCCAAGAGAAUCUCAACCGGAAACACAAUUUGAGAUUGAUGGCGAGGAGGCUUUCCCGAUGCAUCGGAAGUUGCUUAGGCGGCGGCACGUACGAAAGCUCCAGAAAAGCAAAGAACGGGAGCGCCAGCGCAAGGAGGAGGAAGAGAGACAGAAGGAAUUGACCAGAGAUUUGGAUCGAAAGCGGAGAGCAGAAAAGCGUCGAUCAUUGCGCCAAAGGGGAAAGACUUCACAGACGAAGUCGAACGCGAAGCGGAAGCUAUAUUCCACGGGGUUUAAGGGAAUCGAAAAUCCUAUCACAUUACCAGUGCCAUUACACGGGAACUCUUACAAAACGGGGACAAUCAACCACAACAACAACAGCUGCAACAGCGUUUUGUUGCAUUAUUUAUCAUCACCUACUUCUGUCUUGGGUCUUCAUCGGACAAUCGUUUCGACACCAACCAAAUAUUCACCACAGGCUAUUAGCCACCGUAGUAAUGCUAUGAUGACGGUGUUGUCUGCUGGGUCUAGAUCGAUCGAAAUGGCCUUUCCACGCCAGGCUUCUUUCUCGCUUCCUGAAUUUUCUCCUGUUCGGCCUACGAAAUUCCGCAAAUUACAGCUAUGAGAGUGAAUUCGAGCCGUAGCCCUUUCCUGUCACCGAAAGAAGUGGAAGCAACAAAUCUAUCAUUUUGAUCAUUGCGUAACCGCUUGUUUCUAUUAUCGAUUGAUCAUUAUAGAUCGUAUUUCGUGUUACAGAUUUGGGAACUGCAUCACCAUAAUAUGAGCAGGAUUAAGAUGAAAUGUCUUGCGUUGUAUUGCAUCGCAUUUUGAAGACUACGUGUGCGUAGCGCAUGAAGGGAUCCACAACGAUGCAAUCUUUGGACGGGAUGUUAUGCUUUGUAAGCUGGCAUUCGUGUGACAAAGAGCAAAGCAUAUUGAUAAAGACCAUUCUAAUAAUGCUGGAAAUAUUUGAGAGGACUAAACCAUUGAAUGGACC